AUGCGUCCGUCGUUGUUGCUAGCGUUCCUCGUCGCCUUCAGCGGUGUCCAAGCCUCCUGGUUUGGCUCUGAUCCCGAAUACAGCAAAUGGGACGAGAAACAACUACGCUCCUGGCUUCAUGAGCACCAUAUUGAGGUGCCCAAAUCGUACGACAAGAACGAACUGCAAGACCUCGUAAAGGCCAACUGGAACUCUGCGUCGUCAUGGACCCAGGACUCGUACUACAAGGCGCAGCAGUCAUUCCAGGGCAUCAAAGACUCCACGUUCGACGCCUGGGAUGACUCGCGGCUGCGCGAAUUCCUCCUUGAGCAGGGCGUCGUGAACCCCUCGGGCCCGCGCGAGCAGCUCGUCCUGCUCGCCAAGCAAAAGUACAAGUCUUACACGGAUUACGCGUCUUCACUCUCUUCGACCGCGUCCAAGUCCGCCUCAACGGCUAUCUACGGCGAUUCUGCACACCAGGCGAGCAAGUCUGCGAGCUCGGUGAUUGCGCAGGCUACGCAGACGGCAGCGAAGAAGUUGGACGACACCAAGGAUUACGUCUAUUCGACUUGGGAUGACAACCGGCUGAGGUCGUACUUGGAGCAGAAGGGUGUAAUCGAGCCCAAGCAGCAGGCGACUAGGGAACAGCUGUUGGGGUAUAUGCGUGAUGCGUAUGCGAAGACGGCGAACCCCGUCUGGGACGCUUGGUCGGACUCGGCGCUUCACCAAUGGUUGGUCGAGCACGGUGUCAUCAAGUCUGACUUCGAGAAGAACCGGGACAAGCUCUACCAGAAGAUGAACAUGUACUACUAUGACGUCACAGAACCCGUCUGGUCAACCUGGGACGAGAGUACCACAAGGCAAUGGCUCAUCGACCACGGUAUCAUCAAGAGCGAUGCCCAGCUCAAGAAGGAGAAGAUGCAGAAGCUUGUCGCUGACAACUACUUGAACGCCAAGGACACAGCUUGGGGUGCAUGGAAGGAUAGCGACAUGCGCGACUGGUUGAUCGAACAUGGGUAUCUGCGAUCUGAUGCCCAGGUUAGGCGUGACGAGCUGAUCAAGUACAUGAAUGACCAUUACAACGACUACAGCGCUCGUACUGCUGCUUACCUGACGUGGCCUGAUGCGAGACUCAGGGCUUACCUGAGGGAGCACGGAAUUUCCGAGGACGCUCUCCCGACGUCGAGGCCCGGUCUGCUUCAGGAGGUGCGUAUCCGGUGGGUGCAAACCCAAACCAAGACUGAGGCUCUGUACAUCAAGCUCCGUUCCCUUCUCGCUUCCGGUGUCUACAUCGCCGAAGAGAAACUCGGUCAAGCCCUAGACAUCCUCAGUGGCCACGCUGAGGAGAGCAAGCGGUAUGCCGGAGAUAAGUACGAGGAGACCAAGGACUGGGCUGGCGAGAAGUACGACGAGAACAAAGCGUACGCCAACGAAAAAUACGAGCAGGGCAAGGGCUACGCCAACGAGAAGGCGGCCGACGCCUCGGACUAUGCUCACGGAAAGGCUAGCAGUGUCAGCGCAAAGGGCCAAGCGAGCAGUGUGAAGGGCAAGUUCUACCAGGCUACUGGCAAGGCCAAGGCGGAGUUGUGAGUGGGGAGGGUGUGAUGCUUUCGAUCGCUUUCGUGUACGAACUCUUACGACGAACAACAACUGUAUAUUAGUACCUAAUGUUUAGCCUUCAGUACUACUAGUUUCACGCGAUGAAUGUCUCAAUAUGAUUCUUGUCAUUC